AAUGAUGAAAAUGCCGUCUCAUGCUUCCUUAUAAGGUCGCGGUGGGAAGUGUACUUGAUUCGAUGUCGUUUAUCCGACCCAAUUAAAUAGUGAGCUCCGGACUUCGAAACGUUACUCAGUGAACUGGGCUGUGAGUAAUUCUAAUUGACGAAAAUGUCACGUUGUUUUGUAUCCGCUGCACUGAUCCUAGUCGCAUGUGUUUUGCAUCAGGGAUAUGCAUCGAGAAUACUGGGAAUAUUUCCGACGCCGUCGUUCAGCCAUCAAGUCGUAUUCCGAGGGCUGACCAUGGCUUUGAGAGAACGCGGACACGAGCUUGUUGUUAUAACGACAGACCCAGUCAACGAUCCAACCCUACAGAACUACACGGAGAUAAAUGUGAACUUUUUAUACGAGUACUUCAAUGGAGAAGUCGAUUGGAUAGCAAGUCGAAAAAAAGAUACAUGGUUUGAAUUGAUCUAUAACUUGGUUCCGCGGUUAGUACUGAUAACUGAAAGAAUUUUCAGUCUCCCAGAAGUGAAAAAGUUGUUUUCAACCAACAGUGGGGAGAAGUUUGACUUGUUAUUAAUUGAGAUGCUGUAUUGGCCCGCCUUUCUACCUCUCGCCAAACAAUUUGAUGUUCCGAUCAUAGGCAUGACAUCUUUAGGUUUGCCUCUUCAAAUACAGUAUGGCAUCGGCAAUCCUAUCAUGCCAUCUCAUCCAGCUCAUUGGGAUGCCGAGAUAAAAGAGCUCGGGAGAUUGUCGUUUUGGCAAAGGCUGCAGAACUUUGUGCACGCGUGGAGAUUCGUGCACUUUUACAGAACCGAUUAUUUGCCAAGGCAGCAGGCGAUCGCGGAGAAACAUUUUGGACGCGGCAUCCCUGAUGUCGCAGACAUGGAAAAUAACGUUAGUUUGGUUUUCGUCAAUCAGCAAGCACCGAUUUCGUUUGUGAAACCAAAUAUACCCAAGAUCAUAGACAUCGGUGGAUUUCACGUCUCAAAGCAGAUUGAGCCGCUGUCGAAGCACCUUCAGAGAAUCCUGGAUGAAGCGACGCAAGGCUUCAUAUACAUGAGCCUUGGAACGAACGUCAGGAGCGUCAUGUUGAGUGAUGAAACACGGGAAGAAUUUCUGGCAGCCUUUUCGAAACUACCCUACACCGUCAUUUGGAAAUUCGAAGAUGAUAUCCUCGUCGGCCAGCCAGAUAACGUAAUAAUCAUGAAGUGGGCUCCGCAGCAAUCCAUCUUAGCGCAUCCCAAUAUCAAAGCUUUCAUAUACCAAGGAGGACUUCAGAGUACAGAAGAGGCGAUUUCUCACGUUGUUCCUGUGAUCGGGUUGCCAGUAUUUGCCGAUCAGGAUACACAUGUCAAUAAAAUGGUGUCCCUUGGCGUUGGAACAAAGUUAGAAAUCCUCACUGUGAACAGGACGGGUUUACUAGAAGCGAUUCAAUCCGUUGUGCUCGACGGCAGCUACAAGCAGCGAAUGUUGAAAUUGCGGGAUUUGAUAAGAGACAAACCGUACGAUUCGUUGGAGAACGCGGUUUGGUGGACGGAACACGUGAUACGUCACAAAGGCGCUCCGCAUCUCCAUUCAACGACAGCCAACGAUCCCUGGUACCAGCGGCAAGAUAUGGACUUGAUUUUUUUAAUUUCUGCUGCGAUUUUGACAGCUUUGACCGUAUCACUAGUUGUACUAUAUAAGUUAUUACUUUACAGUAUUCACGUACUAAAGUAUAAGCUGCUCGUCAGCAAAAAGGAAAAGGUAUGUUAAAAGUUUGAUGAGCCACACUGAACACACCGGUGGAAAUUUGUACCAUGGGUUUGUGUUCCGUCUAUAUCUACUAAAAUCGUCCGAGAUGUUAUUCUUAUUACGAAUAGGUUAUCAUUUUUCUUUCAAAUUUCAUGCUUGCUAAUAGAUUCGGUAUAUUCCGGAGUUCAAGAAACGUCAAUACUAAAUUGUUUUUACUUGUUAAUAACUCGUUAUGGCCAUCACAUCCUGUACAAAUGAGUUUAACAUGUGACAUCACGAUCGUGCGGUUACGCUGAACAAAUACACUUGUAAAAUGAUAUUUACAAUA